GGUUAGUCAUCGCGUCACAUAAUCAACAUGGCGGCUAGGGCACUCAUAAGAGGUGUCCGAUUGGGAUCAAAUAGUAUCGGCAGACCACGCAGUUUAAUAUUUAACAGUUUGCAUAGACGAGGAAUAGCAGCUUGCAUUGAUCCCUCUAUAGGACUUACAGAUGAACAGAAAGAGUUUCAGAAGGUGGCAUUUGACUUUGCUGCCAAUGAAAUGGCACCACAUAUGGCAGAAUGGGACCAAAAGGAAAUCUUCCCUGUGGAGGCCAUGAGGAAAGCCGCCGAGCUGGGCUUUGGUGGGAUUUACGUGAACCCUGAUGUCGGGGGGUCUGGACUGUCUCGUCUGGACACUUCUAUCAUAUUUGAGGCUUUAUCCACAGGUUGUGUCAGCACGACUGCUUACGUCAGUAUUCACAAUAUGUGUGCCUGGAUGAUUGACACAUUCGGAAACAACGAGCAGAGGGAGAGGUUCUGUCCUGAUCUCUGCUCUAUGCAGAAGUUUGCCUCCUACUGUCUCACAGAACCUGGUAGUGGUAGUGAUGCUGCUUCACUUCUAACCAGCGCAACGCUCAAAGGAGACCAUUAUAUUCUGAACGGCUCCAAGGCGUUCAUCAGUGGAGGCGGAGACACAGAUGUUUAUGUGGUGAUGUGCAGGACAGGAGGGAAGGGGCCAAAGGGAAUCUCCUGUCUGGUGGUUGAGAAAGGAACUCCUGGACUCAGCUUUGGCAAAAAAGAGAAGAAGGUAGGAUGGAACUCUCAGCCAACCAGAGCCGUGAUAUUUGAGGACUGUGCUGUCCCUGUGACCAAUCGGCUCGGGACGGAGGGGCAGGGCUUUAGCAUCGCCAUGAAAGGCCUAAAUGGAGGCAGAAUCAAUAUUGCAUCUUGUUCUCUUGGAGCAGCUCAUGCAUCUGUGCUUCUAGCUCGAGAUCACAUGUGUGUGCGGAAACAGUUUGGAGAAACACUAGCGAACAGUCAGUUCCUGCAGUUUAAGCUGGCUGAAAUGGCCACUAAACUGGUUGCGUCUCGUUUGCUUGUGCGUCAAGCGGCCUUGGCUCUGCAGGAUGGGCGACCGGACGCCGUCUCGCUCUGCUCAAUGGCCAAGCUCUUUGUGACAGAUGAAUGUUUUUCAAUAUGUAACCAGGCUUUACAGAUUCAUGGAGGUUAUGGAUACCUUAAGGACUAUGCAGUGCAGCAGUACGUCAGAGACAUUAGAGUACAUCAGAUAUUGGAGGGAACAAAUGAAGUGAUGAGGAUGAUCAUCGCGAGAAGUUUGCUCACUGAGUCCUGAUGCUGAAUGGAGUAAAAGUGUUUGUGCCGUCGUUGUCUAAAAGCACAGAUAUGAGGUCAGGUGCCUGUUAUCUCCCUCAUGAUGUGACUGUAGAGAUUACUGAUCUUCCACACUCCUGUGUCUGUUGACUUUGUCCAUGAGCCAUCAACUAUGUUUUUAUGUAUAUCUUCAGAACGUUUAUGCCUUAAACUUUUACAUUAGUAAAUCUAGGUUACUGUGUGGUGAUAUUCUAAUAGCACAGUGAGGAAUUUAGUUUGGGGUGGGGUAUAAAUUCUGGGAUGUUACAAGACGAUAAGUAAAGAGAAGCAAUGGCUAUGAUGCUAAGUUACUGAAAGACUGGAUUAAAGUUCAAUAAAUUAGUAAGUUCCA